CGUCCAGAGCCUCCCUAUCAGCCUCUGUCGCCUCCUCUGUCUGCACCUCGCCGUCAAGCCCGGAGCUUCAUCUUCAUUCAGAAUGUCUUUGCCUAACUCAGAGAAUGCCUCCACCCUGGAGAACGCCAUGCAGCUGAUGAUCCAGACCUUCCACAAAUACUCUGGAAAUGAGGGGGAUAAAUACACGCUGAGCAGGGCCGAGCUCAAAGAGCUGCUCACCACGGAGCUCGGCACCUACCUGGGGAAUGCCCAGGACAAAGAGGCUGUGGACAAGGUCAUGAAAGACCUCGAUUCAAACAACGACGGAGAGGUCGAUUUCACUGAGUUUGUCAUCUUGGUUGGAGCUCUAACUGUGGCCUGCAACGACUUCUUCCUGGAGUUCAACGAUAAGCCGGAGAAGAAGUGAGCGGCUCGUAGAAAUCCGCUGUUGCAAACACAAAACCCCCCACGCUCCAGCGAGGAAAUGGUAACAGACAUCCUGUCAUAAAGCUGAAGUGCAAAAACAACACAAAAAACACACUGACCUGAGCUGUAAUAGUUGCUUUUUGUUUAUUUAUUUUGUUCUUUUUGUCUCAUUGUGACUGUAAACGUGAUUAUAUGAUUUCUCAUUUCAUCUCCUGUCUGGAAUUGCUUUUUGAUACACCUUCAAGCUAAAUGUUUCUUCCCCUGGAAAGAAUAAACAUUAAUUUAAACCGUGCACUGUCGGCUGUGUUUUAUUGCAGCACGGAAUAAAAAAAAGGAGAGCAAAUAGACACCAGGGGGCAGCAUUACUCCCUGGUUUAUCAAAAAAA